AUGUACAGGGAAGCAUUGUGGGAAGAAGGUAAUCAGAGCUAUGAAGGAGAAUUCAUCUUACUGGGAGUCGCUGACCGCCCACGCUUGGAGAUGUUCCUCUUUGCCUUUAUCCUGACCUGCUAUAAAAUGACCCUGUUGGGAAACACAACCAUCAUUGUGGUGUCGCGGCUGGACCCCCAUCUCCACACCCCCAUGUAUUUCUUCCUCAGCAACCUCUCUUUCCUUGAUAUUUGCUUCACCACCAGCCUUGGACCACAGAUGCUGGUGAGCUUCUGGAAGAAGAAGAAGUCUAUCUCCUAUGGUGGCUGUGUGGCUGAAUUGCACAUCUCCCUUGCUCUGGGCUCUACAGAAUGCGUCCUUUUGGCUGUCAUGGCCUAUGACCGAUAUGCUGCAGUCUGCCAUCCACUGCGCUACACUACCAUUAUGAGCCACUCUUUAUGUUUCAAGAUGGCUGCCAUUGCCUGGCUUUUUGGCUUCAGUAAUUCACUAGUGCACACAGUGAUGACUGUUCAGCUUCCACGCUGUGGAGAGAACCGAAUAGACCAUUUUUUCUGUGAGGUGCCAGCCUUAAUCAAAUUGGCCUGUGUUGACACCUCCUUCAACGAGGCUUUGCUUGUUGCUUUUAGCGCAGUGUUCCUUAUAGUACCACUAGGCCUCAUUAUGGUCUCUUAUAGCUAUAUUGUGGUUGCUGUGUUGAGGAUCCGCUCAGCAGAGAGCAGGCAGAAGGCCUUCAACACCUGUGCUUCCCACUUGAUCGUGGUGUCGCUCUUUUAUGGGACGGCCAUCUUCAGCUACGUCCAGCCCGCAUCCAACUACUCCCGCGAUCAGGGCAAGAUGGUUUCCCUUUUCUAUACAUUCAUUGUCACCAUGCUCAAUCCCCUAAUCUAUACCCUGAGGAACAAAGAGGUGCACAAAGCUCUAAGAAGACUGACAAAGAGAGUCUUCCUUUCUAAGAGAUCUUUAUAUUUUAUCCAUACGUUGUACAGAGAUUUCCUAAUUACAUGA